UUUACUCUGAAUGACCGAUAAGACACCAGAAUUCUUCCGUGUGCGUGUCAGCGAUUUGGGCUCUCGAGAGAAGACUGAAUUCGUCCGUUCCGCAGCGGACAUCGUCUACGCCCAAACCCUGGCCGAUCGGAGUAAGCAGUUCUCGAAGGCCUCCGAGGAGUUUACUGGGGCUAUGAAGCAGAUCUUGGACCGGCGGUUUGGGGAGGACUGGAAUGUUUGCGUCGGGUUUAAGGCCGGCUACGCCCUCAAGUCCCGUAAGAAGGAGUCGGCUAUCGUCCUCCGGAGCAAAACCAAGGAUGCAUCACAGCUGCUAGUUGUAUGCUGGCGGAGUCCAGCGUUCGAGAUACUCGACCGUGAAGUUGUCCGUCUGCAAGCCAGCAAACAGAUCGAGGCCGAGGAGGGCAUAGUCGCUGAAGUGAAGGGUGGUGACUCAAAUAGAAAGGUGAAGAUCUUGCAGCAACCCAAGGUCGACGAUCCGACCUAUAGUCCCGACACCGCGGUCGUCAUCGAGGAGGUCACCAAGUUAGCUCAGUCAGAUGAGCUCUGGCCUAGUGACAAGCAGGACCUAGCGAUAACGAUACGCCAGCACCUUGGUGCCCGUUUCGGUCCGUGCUGGCACGUGCUGACCAGCGAUGGUGAGAUUAUGCUGCGUACGGCGGAUAAGGGGGUUGAUGCUAGCCUUACACUCCAAGUUGGCAAGACAAAGAUUAUUAUUUUCCGUCACACCCAAGCGUCCACUGGUCUGCUGUCCUCCCUCACUCCCUCGACUUUGGCCGAGGCAAUGCCGACCAUUAUGAUGGUCUUGCUGGCACUGGUCUACAUAUACCAUAGAGGAGUCUGCUCCAACCCUACGAUUGCCGCACUCCUACCAGAUGCCGCGCUUGCUUUGUGCCCUUCUGAUGACGCCUGGUUCACCGGCGUACUCUAUCAAGUUGCAGGCAGUAUUCAUCCUAAGUGUAGUACGGAAGGUUAUGAAGGUCGUGGGCCAGGCCACAGGUCGCCGUCGAGAGCUUCACCAGAUGAGAGAACACCAAGAGCGGCUAACAUGGACAACGUCGACUUUGGUCUUCACGACGUCUUGGGAUACUACGCAAGGCAAAUGUCCAAGAUCAGUGAGUCUCCUGGCCAGUGGACAGACAUGCUGGCUGUGAGCGCAUCCCAGGCGGUCAUUGAUGCGUCCCAAACUGAGACGGACGUCUCCCCGAUGUCGAUCGAUCCACCAACGCCCUCUGCUACCACAACUGAGACUCCGAGUCGCUACAGUAAUUUGACAUGGACGCCCAAGCAAGGCAGUCAGAGUAACACCUCUGCUACAUCCCGAGUAUCAGUUCAGGGGGAUCACACUGGUCGUAGCUGGGACCAGGGAGGAUGGGGAGGAGGCAGUGGGAGGAAGAAUCAUCGUGGCGGACCGGCAACCCCUGGUUCGAGGCAGUCAGCACGUUUACCCUCGGCUAAGAUGGCAUUCAAUCCUAAUGAAAAACGGACUACGUUACUGAUGAGAAAUGUGCCUAACGAUCUCAACCAAGAAGGCCUGGUCGACCUUAUCCUCAAAAUAUGCAAGCAACGAGGAAAAAGAAUUCGAGUGAACUUUUUCUAUGCUCCGAUGGACUCUGGUACCCGACGAAAUCUGGGAUAUUGUUUCGUUAACUUGCAGGAAUCCAUGAUGGCCAAAGACUUCGAGGAGAUAUUCACGGGCUUGGAACUCCGAGGGGCCGGUCGAAAGCGAGUAGACUGCCAAUGGGCAGUUCUACAAGGCUUCACUGAGAACGUCCGCCAUUAUAAGAAUUCCUCGACUGUUAUGGACAAGGAUAGCUCCUACUGGUCGGGCCAGACUUCUAAAGAUGCUUUCAAAAGCCUGUGA